CUGGAGGACUCUGGUGGUGGCAGCACGGGCGGCAGGCAGCGUCGUAACCGCUGCUGGUAACGCGUAGAAGAAGCAGAAUUUCCGGAUUAGAGAAAAGCGACAAGAAAACAAGAUGGAAGAGAAUAAUAAUCUUGAAAAUCUGGACGCGCGUCUUCAGGUGCUGGAAAAACGCAUUUACGGCGAAAGAGGAGGAAAAAACACUAAGCCCGUGAAGUGUGCUGAAUCGCUGGCAAGGAUCGGUGCUGCUCUGGCAAACACAGCAAACAAGAGAGAGCGUGUCAAGAUCCUGCACAAGAAAAUUGAAGAUUUGCUCAAGUAUUUAGACCCACAGUUCCCAGACUUCAUUGCCGUGCCGGAUGCAAUGAAACUGGAGUUUAUUCUGGCAGAGGAAGAGUUUUUGCGUUCCCAGGCUACACUACUGGAGCAAGUGCACAAUCUGCAACCUCUUCUGGACAGUAAUCACAUUAAAGCGGUUCCAGAUCUGACCACUAAAGUGCAGCGGCUAUCACAAAUUCACAUUCAACAGCAGGACCAGAAUGAAGAGUUGUCUGGUGAAGUGAAAAGACUGUUUGAAGAAUACAACAAAAUGAUGUUUCUUUUAUCAAAACAGUUCUCACAGUGGGAUGAAACCCUUCGGAAGUUGGAAGGAUCCAAGCAAGGCCAACAGAUAGAUUAGGAUAGUUAAGCAUAAAUUGAUGUUUCAUUGUAGAAUGUUGCAUUUAGCACUCUGGUAAUGCUUUUGCCUAUUUCUCUUCAUCACAAAUAGGAUUAAUAUUUAAAAACAAACAAACAAUGUAAUUACUUAAAAUAUCCUGUUUUUAUGAAGUAAGUAAUAAUUUAAAAAAUUGUCCUCCUACUGCAUUAUUAAGAAUGACAUGCUCCAACCAUUCUCCUAUAAGCAAAGAGUUGGGAAAUCAAAAUUUUUAGAACUCUGUUUGUUCUUAUUUAUUCCAGCAAUUGUUAGGAUGUUUGGUGUGUGUGAAGGUGGUAUUUUUGUAUGGCCUUUUUCCAGCUGAUAAGAGUGACCAUAAAUAAACCAAAAAAAUAAAGUGCUGUAGUAGUUUUUGUAGUAGUAUUUCUCAUUUUACAUAUUUUACAUCUAGUAUACAUUUCCCAGUUUGUGAGCAGGAUGAACACAAGCUGACCCACUUUAACAGCUUAAAGUGUUACAAUCAAAUGGCAUGACACAAGACAGAGGAGAAAGAGAAUACUUUUGUCUUGUCCUUAAAUGUGAUUCUUUUUUUUUUUUUUUGUCUUUUUUUUUCUGGAAUGCAAACUUAUAUUUCUUAUAAAAGUACAACACACACAUAUCUGUGAAAAUAUUGUCAUUUCAGACUGCGUUCAAUUUCAAUACACUUACAAAUGAAAUUAAAAAAAAAAUGUUUGGGUGAAAAUAAUAACACAAAACUACUUUACAUGAGUUAUAUUGGUCAAAUUGGUCUAACAAACAAUAUAAUGUCUUGUCUUGACAUCUUUGUAUUGUUAUUCAUCAUGUUGUACCAAACCUGAAUUACUUUCUUUCCUCUGUGGAACACAAAAGAUGUUAGGCAGAAUAUAUGUUAUUCUCAGUCACCAUUCACUUUCAGUGUAUAGGGGAAAAAGAGAGUAAGAUUCUGCUUGACAUAAAGAAAAACAUACUGUUUUGUAACAACAUGAGGGUGAGUAAAGGAUUUUAAAUCUAAAGCACUACUGUAUUGUUAAAAUUACAUAUGAAAGAAAUAAAAUUGGUUUGGAGGCAGACCAUUUCAAUUUAUACAUGUGGAACUUCCCCACAAAUUUUAAUAAUUGUAUAAGAUGUGCUUUUUCUUUUUCUAUCCCUUCUAAUUCUUUUUUUUAAAAAAUACAAAUCAGUUCCACCCAUUUGUAAAACUGAAUUUAGUUUUUUUUUUUUUUUUUUUUUUGUUUUUUAUGAUUCUCUUAAUCUCAAACAUCAGUGCAUAUAAACAAUGUAAAAAAAUAAAUAAUAAGUUUCCUUGCCUGUAUUACAACUUUCUGUGCAAUGUUUGUAAUGAAAUUUCUGUAAUUUUGUUGCCGGUGUUGUGCUGAAAUCUGACUACCCGCCAGAUCCUUACUCCCUGCUACCUGAUUGGUCCUCAUCCCUAAAGCCCACCCCUAACCCUAACCAUGGUAGUGAGUCAUUGGUAUCUAUUCCUAAAGCCCUCCCCUAAACAUAAGAAGACAGGGAGUGAAAAAUCAGCAUGACACUGUACUAGAGCAUUAGCUUGUAAAAUUUUAUUUUACAAAUCCAAUCAUUUCAGUGCUUUUUUAUUUUUCAUUCUUAUCAGGGCUUCUGUAUAUUGUUUUAGUUCAAUCUUAAAGGUGCACUUAGUAACUUUUGUCUUUGUGUCAUCUUGGACUUACACUGACACCUAGUGGCUAGGAUGCAGCAUCAUUUAAAUUCAAUAGUUUUCAUUGUAGAAAUGUAGUAUUCAAAGUCAGUCAUGAUUACUUUAAUCAAUGAAUGAAAGUGUAAAAUUACAGGAGGAUUACUGAGAUUAUGUGAGUAGUGCAGCUUGUCAUGUGAUUUUAACAUGGCAGCCUCCAUGUGCGGACCCUCUCCAUGUAGAAUAAAACAGCUUUUAUAAGGUUACUGAUAUGACUGGAGUCUUCUUUUUAAUGUGAGUGCUCAUGAUUUCCUACAUAUAUUACAAAAUUACAAUUCAUGUCUUUAGGAGUUCAACUUUUU